CUGGAAGGGGCCACUUCACACCUCGGGCUCGGCAUAAAGCGGCCGCUGGUCGCCGGCCCCCAGACGCGCCGCCGCUGCCAUGGCCCAGCCCCUGUGUCCACCGCUCUCCGAGUCCUGGAUGCUCUCCGCGGCCUGGGGCCCAACUCGGCGGCCGCCGACCUCCGACAGGCACUGCGGCCGCUCCCUCGUCUCGUCCCCAGACUCAUGGGGCAGCACCCCAGCCAACAGCCCCGUGCAGAGCCCCGUGCAGAGCCCCGCGCGGUCCGGCGCCCGCCUGGAUCCCCGCGCCCCCACCGUAGGGAGGCGCGGCGCGCGCAGCAGCCGCCUGGGCAGCGGGCAGAGGCAGAGCGCCAGUGAGCGGGAGAAACUGCGCAUGCGCACGCUGGCCCGCGCCCUGCACGAGCUGCGCCGCUUUCUACCGCCGUCCGUGGCGCCGGCCGGCCAGAGCCUAACAAAGAUCGAGACGCUGCGCCUGGCCAUCCGCUACAUCGGCCACCUGUCGGCCGUGCUGGGCCUCAGCGAGGAGAGUCUCCAGCGCCAGCGCCGGCGCCGGCAGCGCGGGGACGCGGGGUCCCCUCGGGGCUGCCCACUGUGCCCCGACGGCUGCCCAGCGCAGACGCAGACACGGACGCAGGCGGAGGGGCAGCGGCAGGCGCAGGGGCGCAGGCUGGGCCUGGUCUCCGCCGUCCGCGCCGGGGCGUCCUGGGGGUCCCCGCCUGCUUGCCCCGGAGCUCGAGCCGCGCCCGAGCCGCGCGACCUGCCUGCGCUCUUCGUCGAGGCAGCGUGCCCGGAAGGGCAGGUGAUGGAGCCGAGCCCACCGUCCCCGCUCCUUCCUGGCGACGUGCUGGCCCUGCUGGAGACCUGGAUGCCCCUCUCGCCUCUGGAGUGGCUGCCUGAGGAGCCCAAGUGACAGCGGACAACUGACGCUGUCUCUGUGAGCACCGAGGCUUUUUUGGCCUCAGCCCCUUCAAAGUGGUUCCUUAGCAGACUGCCUUUCCUGGAAGAGGGCACCGGCGAUCCCGGCAGGGGCAUUCCUGCGGAUGAGAGCCGCCCCCACCACAGUGGCCCUUCUCAGCACCCGCCCUCCAUGGAGGGACCCAUAGGGUUAGACACUUUGAAGCAAGCAGGAGGCUCUGCCUAAUGUGAAUUUAUUUAUUUGUGAAUAAACUGCUGGUGUCAUUUGGCAA